CUACUUUCGGCGCGCGGGGGAAGGCGGGGCGCCAGCGUUCCAGGCUCGGCGAGCGCGGGCCGGUCGCACGCGUGGGGCUUCCCGCGGAGCGGGCCCCGCCGGGAUGGCUCAGCGCAGGGUGACCGAUUUCUUCCCGCACAGUAAGAACCCCGCCCGGGACGGACCGCUGGGCACCAAGCGGAGGAAAACCCAGCCCGUGGGAGGAGUGGCCGGCGAGAAGCGCCGGGCCGCCCGCUGCGAAAGCCGGCCGGACGCAGCCCCGCUGGCGAUCCUGGCAGGGAGCCUCCGGGAAGCCAGACCCGGAGCCAAGCUGGUCGGACUGGGAAACAACGAUCGGGCGGCGGUGAGCGCCGCAGCCGGGCUGCCUCCCCUGAGCCCCCAACAGCAGCAGCAGCUGCUGGCCUCCCCCCGCACCCCAGUGCGCCCCGAUCCCGGCUGCCCACAACCCCCGGCACGGACACAGACGGGCAGAAAGCGGUGUAGACAGGAACUGGAGCCGGAAGUGGAAGCGGAGCGAAACGCCGACCCGCCAGCCGGCCUCCGGCCCCGGGAGAACCGCAAGAGAGCGGCCAGGAAGAAGCUCGUACUGCCCGCAGAAGAAGAUGCCCAGGGUGCAGAGCAGGAGGCGGCAGUCGCGGUUUCCAGCCCCUGCUCCAGUGCUGCCCUCAGACCCGCAACCCCGUCAUCCCUUGACAAGAAUGUGAAGAACUUGGUGAAUGUGACCCUCUCACCAGGUCCAGACAGUGGGCUGCAGUCUGGCCUGGCUACGCUAGGGGGAAACAUAAGCUUUAAGCAGGUCUCAUCCAAGGAGCUGAAACACCGCCUGCAGAGACUCCAGGAGCUGACUCGGAAAUCCAAACUGCCAGCUUGCCCCUCUGAGACCUGCAGUGACUUGAAGAGCCGCUUGAAACAAGUGCAGGAGCUAGAAUCCAAAAUCCGCAACAGGAAGGCAGAGGAGGGGAAGGGAUCUGGACUGCAACCAUCCAAAGAGACCUGUGAGCCAACCGUGGAAGCCAGUGAGAGGGCACCUGCCUAUCAGCGAUUCCACACCCUUGCUCAAGAUAUUCCCCCAGGUCUCACGCUGCCCUAUAAAUACAAGGUACUGGCAGAGAUGUUCCGCAGCAUGGACACCAUUGUGGGGAUGCUCUUCAAUCGCUCAGAGACGGUAACCUUUGCCAAAGUCAAGCAGGGUGUUCAAGAUAUAAUGCACAAGCAGUUUGAAGAGAGGAAUGUGGGUCAGAUCAAAGCCGUGUACCCCACUUCAUACAAGUUCCGCCAGGAGAAGAACAUCCCAACCUUCAGCAAUUUCUGGAAGAAAUCCAGCUACCAGCUCACCAUAGAGCCUGUGCUGGGGGAAGAGGAGAAGGUAGAUGGCCGCCCGCACCUGUCAGCAUCGCGCUUGCUGGAACGCAGGAGGGUAUUCAGCAGGAACUUGGUGAACGUUGUCAAACAGCACCACAAGAUGUUCAUGGCUUCCCUCAACCCCACAAUGGUCAUACCAGAUGACAAGCUGACCAGAUGGCACCCUCGCUUCAAUGUAGACGAGGUGCCAGACAUCAUACCAGCUGAGUUGCCCCAGCCCCCUCAGGUGGACAAGCUGACCACGGCACAGGAGGUGUUGACCAAGGCCCAGAGCAUGAUGACUCCAAAGAUGGAAAAGGCUCUUGCCAACCUGGCUCUAAGAACAGCUGAAACCAGCCCAGGAGAGCAUGAGGCCCCCAAAGCAACACCCACAGCUAACACCUCCAGUGCCCUGAAAGGGGUGUCCCAGGCCCUGCUAGAAAGGAUCAGAGCAAAGGAGGCUCAGAAACUGCAGGCUCUGAUGACCCGGAACCCACAACAGGAGGAGCGGCUCGUCAUGAUCUCACGGCUGCCAGAGAUGGCACGCUUCCUACGCAAUGUGUUUGUGGCUGAAAAGAAGCAGGCGCUGACUACAGAGGUGGCAUGUACACGGAUGCUCGACAGCUACCGUACCACAAUGACAUCUGGUGAAAUGGAGAAACACCUACACCUCUUCUCAGAGUUGCUGCCUGACUGGGUCAUCAUCCAUCCGAUCAGGAAAGACACCUACAUCAAGCUGGACAAGAGCAUGGACCUCAAUGUCAUUAUGGAGAGACUGACUAGGAUAAUUAAGGAGGAGGAGAAGCUCUGAUUCCUGGGGAGGGGAGGAUGGCGGGGGGCGAGACCCUGAUCUUAAUUAGAUGUGCCUCUGAAUGUAGCAGAGACAUGGCCCUCUUAAGGUCUUGCAGAGAAUUCCCCUUUGGGCUGCUUGUGACCUCUCGUUCCUACCUAUGCACAGGAAACCAAGAAGGUAGACAAGCCUCUUGGAUCUUAAGUUGUUCCUUUGGCACAGUUCUGGGCAACUCCCCUGGCCCUCAAAUAUGAGGGCUAAUAUGUUACGUUCACUCCUGCAGGCGCCUUUCCUACCUAAAUUGCUCCCUUUUUUUUAGCUCUGACUGCUUAGUUACUAUGGGCAACUUCAUAGAACAAAUAAAACUCCUUGGGACACAGUGGGAGCAGGAGUGUUUGAGCAUCUCCGGGGGGCAUGGCCUUAGUUAUAUAAGCCAGACCCCACUCUCUGAGCAAUGCUGUAAUGUUUAAUUCCCUUGAACAAGUUUCCACUAUGACAACUUGCAUCCAUUUCUUCCAUUAGCUGAAGGUGCUGUGGGGGUGGAUGGGAUCAUAUGCCAUUUCUAGAAAGUGAGAAAUAAGAAAAAUGGAAUUUCCUUUGGAAAAAAAAAUCCCUGGGGCUCUUUUAAUCUGUUCUGUUUUACAGAGAGAGAGCGAGAGUGAAUCUCGGACCACUCCAGCUCUCUGACAUUGUUGAAAUGUGUUGGUAUUAAACUUUUAAAUGAU